AUGUCAGUUGAUCCUCUUGGUGUUCAUGUUCUUAGUGGUAUUCAAAACAUAGAGCAGUCACGUCAUGACCACUUUUUGGACCUAAAUAAAAAGACUUGUACAGUCAAUUCAGAAAUUACACAAGUUGGGCAAGAUGACGAUUCGGACGAUUCCGACUCACUCUCAGUUACAAUUAGGCUUAAUGGUCGUCUCGAUUACGCUCUCAGCGCUAUCAAUUCCGUAAGUAUUGUUUUGCUCAUUCCUUCUCAUCAAAACUAUUGUUAG